AUGAAACAUUUCGAUACUCAAAUGACCGCUGAUCUGCCACAAGGCAGUUUCUUCGCGACCGAAACGUCCACGCAACCGUCAACAUCGUCGCAGAAUGCUGCCAGCGGUGGCAUAUCAAAACGGAGACGUCCACCACGAACUUGCACGGAAUGCGGCUUACAGGUGACCGGACAACGCUCUUCAUUGGUCUAUCACGCCAAUUCAAAGUUUGUUACUUGA